AUGAGCCGUCAAGCAGGGACUUCCUGGGACGAUCUAGUCAUUCCGAUGGACACUCCUAAUAACUUCUAUAGACAUGACAGUGGAUCGGAAGACGAGGAAAAUGUACCGAAUGUGAAAAAAAUGCGUAUGUUAACUAAGAUUCAAGAGCUUAUAGAAGCAGAACUACAAUUGGAAAGAAGUAAAAAACGCGAAAAAGAAUUAAUUCAAAUUCAAGCAGAUCCACAAAAUCCUGAUCACUUUGACCAAUUAUUGUCGUCUAAUCCCAACAGCUCGUUUAUUUGGAUUAAAUACAUGGAUUGCCAUGUACAAGCUAAAGAUCUAGAAAAAGCAAGGGCAACAGCAAAAAGAGCAUUGUCUACAAUUCAUGCUGGAGAAGAGCAAGAAAAACUAAAUAUUUGGACUAAACUUUUAGCUUUAGAAGAAUUACAUGGCACCAAGGAAACAUUUAAACAAACAAUGGAUGACGCAUUACGUUCAUGUGAUGAAUAUCAGAUUUAUAUAAAAGUAUUGAAGAUGUUUGCAAAAUCUAGUAAAUUAAAAGAACUAGAUGAAUUAAUUACAGAAAUAAAUGGAAAGUUUAGUAAUUCUAUUGAUGCUUAUCUACAAUGUGCUACUGUGUACUUCAAACUAAAUAAAUCUGACAAAGCAAGAUUUAUUUUCCAAAAAGCAUUAUCAAAUCUUCCGGCCAAAUCACAUAUCACUAUGAUAAGUGAAUUUGCUUUGAUGGAAAAUAGUGAUGGAUCGCCAGAAGAAGCACAAACACUUUUUGAAAAUGUCUUAACUUGCCAUCCUUCACGUACUGAUAUAUGGUGUUUAUAUGUAGAUAUGAUGAUAGAAUCUAACAAAAUAGAUUUGGCAAGACGAAUAUUAGAAAGAGCAACAUCACAACAAUUAGUACCAAAAAAGAAGAGAAUUAUGUUAAUUAAGUGGAUGACGUUUGAAGGAAAGUAUAGGACUCAUGAAGCUAUGAUGAAGUAUCAAGAAAAAAUGAGAAUGUAUGAUGAUUUAAAGGAUGAAAACAAAAAAUAA